AAAAAAAAAAAAAAAGUUCCAUUUUUAGGUCUAGAUUGAAUCACGAAUCACGUGCUGCGCGAAAUGGAAAAAAUCCCCAAUAUCUUUUACUGCGAUGCAAUUAGCUGUCGUCAGCCCACCGCUGAAGAAGGGCGGAGAAAAAUCGACAAUGGCGGAGCGAGAGAUUGAGGUGAUUCACUUGUGGUGUACGCGAAGGUCUGCGAGUACCACUCUCAUGUAUUCUUUUGCUCAGAGAGAUGAUACGGAAGUGCUAGACGAACCCCUUUAUGCAAAUUAUUUGCGUGUGACGGGAGCUCAAAGACCUUACCGAGAAGAACUCCUGUCAAAAAUGGAAUCUGAUGGAGAUAAGGUUGUGAAAGACAUCAUUUUCGGACCCGGACAGAAGAAAUACAGAUUCUGCAAGCACAUGGCUACUCAGCGUCUGCAUGGUCUACCAGACGACUUAAUGGAAAGAGGAAAGCACUGCAUUCUGAUAAGAAUCCCCUCGCCGUAUUGGCAUGUGUUGCAUGUGUCUCAGACAUCAUAUGACAAGGAGACUCCACCAUCAUUAAGUGAUUUGGGGUACGAUAGCUUGGUCUCCAUUUUCAGUGACCUUCAUAGUCGAGGAAAUACCCCUUAUGUCAUUGAUUCAGAUUUACUCAGAGAAGAUCCAAAGGCUACGUUACGUGGUCUAUGCGAUGAUCUUGGUAUACCUUUCCAGGAUGAAAUGGUCAAAUGGGAGUCUGGACCGAAACCUUUUGAGGGCGUGUGGCGCCCCCUAUUGUUUCUUCAGGCAUUUCCAUCGUCUUUGUACGAAUUAUUGGAGCAAAGUAUGCCCUUUUACGAUUUUCUAAAGCGCUAUGUGAGAAUGAACACUACAAAAGCUCUCAAUCCAAAACUUCCCGUUUUCGCUAAUGCCAAAUUGCUUGCUUGGGUAGGUGAUGAGAUUGUGCCACGCGAAAGUGCAAAGGUCUCGGUUUUCGACUCGGUUGUGCAAGGUGGCGAUGCAGUUUGGGAGGGCCUGCGAAUUUAUAACGGGAAGGUAUUUAAACUCGAGGAACAUUUAGACAGGUUGUUCGACUCGGCAAAAGCUCUGGCUUUCAAUAAUUUACCAACUCGAGAAUAUGUGAAAGAAGCUAUCUUCAAAACACUAAUAAGGAAUGGAAUGUUCCAUAAUGCCCACAUUAGACUAACUUUGACUCGUGGAAAGAAGGUGACCUCGGGAAUGAGUCCAGCAUUCAACCUCUAUGGAUGCACUUUGAUUGUCCUUGCUGAAUGGAAGCCGCCAGUCUACGACAAUGAAAGCGGUAUAACUUUGGUUACAGCAACCACGCGCCGUAAUUCACCUAACAAUUUGGAUUCGAAAAUUCACCACAACAACCUUCUUAACAAUAUUCUUGCCAAGAUUGAAGGGAAUAAUUCAUACGCGGAUGAUGCAAUCAUGCUCGACAAGGAUGGCUAUGUAUCGGAAACGAAUGCCACAAAUAUAUUUUUGGUGAAGAAAGGCUGCGUUGCAACACCUCACGCCGAUUACUGUCUUCCAGGAAUAACACGAGCAACCGUGAUGGAACUUGUGGUGAAGCAAAAUUUGGUUUUACGAGAGCGACGAAUUAGUUUAUCGGAGUUCCAUACAGCAGACGAGGUGUUCACAACCGGAUCCAUGGGCGAACUCAGUCCGGUAAUAAAAAUUGAUGGACGCACAGUUGGGGAUGGUGGAGUGGGACCCAUUACUAAAAGAUUGCAAUAUGCUUACAAAAAACUCACUGAGGAGUUAGGUGUUCAUAUACCCACUUAUCAACAGUUGUGAAAAAUUAGCUAACUAUUUUUCAUAUUUAAUUCUGGAUUUUUUUGUUUAUUUAUUUCUUUAGAAUUUUAUUAGUUUUUGUAUUAGAUAUAAUUGUUAAAUUAAUCAGAGAGAGGUUUUUUUUU